CACUACUAACGUCAGUGAGAGAGAGACGGGCAAAGCCUACAGGGAAGGGCAGGGAGCCCCGCCAUGAUCGUUGCGUUGCGGCGAUUGUACUACUCUACUACCUCCUACAUGUAGGAGGUACAUACCUACCUGAUCAUCCCCUCCCCUCCAUAGGAAAGGUACUUACCUCUUACUUUGACUACGACUCCGACCACCUCUACUACUACCAGGUACUACUAUUACUGCCUCCUAAAUAUUAUGAAGCAUCAUGCUUGCCCUCAUGUCUCCACCCACUCUGCCCUUUCACGCCACUCCGGACAGCAAUACUAUAGCACUCGCCAUCCUACCGUCUCCACACAUGGCAUGCUACAAUCAUAACAAUCACAACAAUCACAACAAUCACAACACACUCUCGUCGAAUCGGCCGUCGGCUGCCAAACGACCGAAACUCUCGUUAAAUACAAACAGCGUGCCAUCGGUCUUUGGAAGGCCCUCCACCAGCCUUCGACUCGAGAGCUUGUCGACAACAUCGCCCACAGCGCGCAACACCUUCCAGAAUGCGCACAACUCGCCAGUGCAAGACAGAGAAACGGGUUGCAAUCCGGCGUUGCCACCGCUUUCGAUACCGACCCGUUACGCUACUAGUGAAUCCGCUGCAUCCUCGGCUACCACCACGAUAUCAGUAUUAUCUAUUGAUUCCAUCUCGAGCGUCGUUCCUUACAAGCUCACCCACAAGACGACGUCAAUCUUGAUCAAUUCGCCCAUCCCUCGAGCACCCAAACGAGCACCGUUUGCUCGAGCCCCGACAUUUCCAGUUACCAAAAGAGUAGCCUUCAGAGAGCCAUUGACAGAGGAGGUGAAGACGACGCAUUUCACUCUACGCCAUAGCGAUGAAGUAUCGCCCGAGGCGCCCAUAUCGACUAUUGGUAUUCCUCACUCACACUCUCUCACCAAGCAAACCGCAGAGGGGAUGAACGAUGACCACAUUCAGGAGACCCACCAUCGCUCCCGUCCGGAUUGGCCACAUACAGGGGACAAGCGCGAGUCAUCAGACGAGGAAGACAGCGAAGAUGGUCCCUGCCCUGCCACUCCUGUCGCCGGCAGAAGGAAGAGACAGAGGCAGUGGACCUGGACUCUAGCAAAUGUCGACUCGCACAGGACCAUCUGCACCCAACGACGCGCGCCAGUGGAAGCGAGCACAAGCGGCGAUAGCACGGUCGUCUGCCUGACAUUGGGCACCUGCCCAACGUGCAGCACGACAAGCAUUUGGCGAGAUGAGGUCACAACGCUCCUUCCCCAGGGCAUGCAUAUGAGUUUCUUGUGGGACAGCAAGUCGUUCGGUCUGGAACCAAGUGCCUCCGCGCGGUGUGCACAUGGAUUUACCGACAUGCCCAGAGCAAGACAGCGUUGCAUAGCCAUCUCUGGAGGACCCCUUGCCACAGUUUCCAGACAGGCAAGAGCCCGAAGAAGCUAUUUUGACGUUACUGUUGGCCCAGAAGCCACUGGAUGUGGCCAGAGAGCUCAAAGAGAAGGCUGCCGGCCGAAAGAGACAAAGUUGUCCAAGGCUGCCCACGAGAAAAAGAAGAGACCGAAAGUCAGAGGCAUAGCCAGCUGGUACAGCGAAUGCAGAGCGGAGCCUUGCAGGUGUUGUGCAAGAAGUGCUGCUGCUGCAAGUUGGACUCUUCUCAUAUGGGGCCGUCUCAACAUUGUGUCAGAUUUGGACAUACAUCACGGAUCCCCAACGGCCGAUCCAGGAACGACCUACUACUUUCCGAACACAACGCAAAUGCACCUGUGGACCAAUGAGACCUGCUUCGAAUGUCUUGCCGCCUGUAUACCCCAUUUUACUGAAGUGUCGCAGGGCUGGGAUUGCCUUCACAUUGUUCCUACAUCGAGCAGGCCGAUCGGCUCCAUGCAGUAUGCAAUGAAGCCUACCACUACGCUAACUCUACUAGCGGUCUAUGCCACGACCAGCCACGCAUGGGGCACAUACGACAGUAGUGACGAUGGCAGUACCAGCAGUACCAGCAGCAACCCGUACUCCAGUAGCAGCGGAAGCGAUAGCAGUAGUGACUACAACGACAGCAGCUUCAGCUACUUCUAUGGAUUCUCUCUUUCUUCGAACCACAAGAAACUGGUCGCACAUGCGGUGCUCGCCACCUUUGCCUUUGGAUUUCUUUUCCCCGCUGGUGGCAUGUUAAUCCGACUUGGAAACUUCCGUGGUCUCUGGAUCGUCCAUGGCUUGUGCCAAUUGUUCGCGUACAUUACAUAUAUUGCCGCCGUUGGGCUCGGAUUGUUCCUUGUACGCAACAGCCCACGAGACACCAUCCAUGACCCUCACCCCAUCAUCGGACUCAUCCUCUUAGCCGUCAUCUUCUUCCAGCCCUUCUUCGGCCUCAUGCAUCAUCUCCUCUUCAAACGACACCUGCGGCGAACCAUAUGGAGCUAUGCACAUCUCUGGCUGGGACGGAUUGUCAUCACGCUCGGCAUCAUCAAUGGAGGACUCGGGUUGCGACUGGCGCGAAAAUUUCCCCUAGGGCCUCCCAGUCGAGGUGCGAUGAUUGGAUAUGGAAUUGCAGCGGGUUUCAUGUGGCUGUUGUAUGUGCUUGCUGUGCUUCUGGGUGAGAGGAAGAGGAGGAGAGUGAGAAGGUCAGCGGCGCAGAUGAGAGGUGGUGUGGGAAAGGAUGAUACGAGCAGUCAUCAAAGCAGUAGCCACAACACAGACCCAUCAUCCCUCAUGGCGACUUCCAUGCGACUCACGCAAACCGCUCGCACGGCGUCGCACCGCUCGACGAGAUGCUUCUCCAGCACUGCGCGGAGGGCUGCUGGCUACGACGACACGGUGCAUCAUCUCAAGAUUGGCAAGCAUACCCGCGUCAUGUACCAGGGCUUCACCGGCCGAGUUGCGACGGGAAACGCAAAAGAUAGCUUGGCAUAUGGCACCAACAUUGUGGGCGGUGUCACCCCCGGCAAGCAUGGCGAGCACAUUGGCCUCCCUCUCCUGCCGGACAUGAGAACGGCCAAAGAACAGCUCAAGCCCGAUGCCACUGCUGUCUUCGUUGCAGCUUCACAAUGUGCCCAAGCCAUUGAAGAUGCCAUUGAGGCAGAAAUCCCGCUCAUUGUUUCCGUGGCGGAGCACAUUCCGGUUCAUGAUAUGCUGAGGGUCGCAAGCAUUUUAAAGACGCAGUCCAAGUCCAGACUGGUAGGUGCCAAUGCGCCGGGAAUCAUCGCACCGAUUGGCUUCUGUCGAAUCGGAUUCCAGCCUCUGCCUACCUUUGCACCGGGACACAUUGGCAUUGCUGCCAAGUCCGGCACGCUCUCAUACGAAGCAGUAGCAUCCAUCACUCGGUCAGGCCUUGGUCAGAGUCUAGUGAUUGGCAUGGGCGGCGACAUUGUCGCCGGCACUAACCUUGUGGAUGCUCUGAAGGUGUUCGAGAAGGACGACGAAACAGAAGGCAUUGUGCUAAUCGGAGAAGUCGGUGGGAGGGCAGAAGAAGAUGCGGCAGACUGGAUCAAGGACUAUCACUCGAGAGUGAAGAAUCCCAAGCCGAUUGCAGCACUGGUCGGUGGCAAGUGCGCUAGAGCCAACACAAUCAUGGGCCACGCCGGUGCUUGGGCGGCUCGUGGCGAGAACGACUCCCACCAGAAGUAUAGUGUGUUACAAGAAGCGGGAGCACGAAUGGUGGACCAUCCCGAGAACUUUGGCGGUGUCAUGAAGACACUUCUUUCCCAAAGUGGACGCGACGUGAACAAAAUCCAACAGAACGCGCGAGCAACUCAACAGCGCGGCUACCACACUCUCCGCCGCCAUGCACCUGCACGCUCCUCUACCCGUCCCGCGCUGCGACAGCAGCAACACCAACAACAACAACGCGGACUACACCUUGCUCCUGACUUGGCUCCUGGCCCGCUCAACCCUUACCUGUCCACAGUCUCUGGCUUAUCACUCUCACGGGACGGGGCGCCCCAAGAUGGCUGCUAUAUUGGCAUCAUCGUCGACCGAACAGAACGAUGUCCUUGCAUUGCCGUGGCACCUACCGCCGAUCCAUCUGCAGUCGAUGCUCGUGUAAAGCGCUUCCCGUAUGACUGGCAAGCUGGUCCUUCCGAGUCUACAAUUCGCUCCGCAAUUGAACAUCUGCAAAUCGGCUCUCAUCACACUGCGAAACAACAAAUGACCCAGCUCAUUGUCGCACUCGCGAAAAUGUACAAGGAAAAGGAAGCGAUUAUUCUGUCGGGCUGCGUCUCUGUCAAUGACUCUGCCAACCUCGUGCUCCACCAGCCGUCUCUCACUCUCAUGUUCGACGACGCAGCGUAUCGAAGUACCAAGCGUCAGGAAGACAUCCAUCGCCUGAGGCAAAAGGACACCGAAGUGCCGGAAGAGGUCGAGGCCGAGCAAGACGGCAUCGUCUAUGUCAAGUUUGAUGACCCAGAAGCCACCAUUGGGACCUUGGUCAACGGCGCAGGACUGGCGAUGAACACGGUCGAUGCGCUCAAGCUACAAGGAGGCCGCGCGACCAACUUUCUCGAUACUGGCGGCAAAGCCACCUCGGAAACGGUCAAGAAGAGUUUCCAACUCAUCCUCCAAGAUCCGCGAGUCAAGGUCAUUUUCGUCAACAUCUUUGGCGGCCUGACCGAUGGCGGUAUGAUUGCCAACGGCAUCUUGCUGGCCUUUAAAGAGGUGGACAUGAGGAAUAUACCCGUAGUGGUGAGAAUACGCGGAACCAACGAAGCGGUGGGACAACGGACGAUUGCCGAAUCUGGACUGGGACUGGACGCCUUUGACAAAUUUGAAGAUGCUGCGAAGCGCGUAAUUGAGCUUGCUAACUCGUCGUCGUGAUUAUUCCAUCAAGCUGGUCUCCCCCCAAAAAAGAGCAGCGUAGACAAUGGACGAUGAUGUUUCAGGUGCUUCCAAGCAAUCGUGCUCUCUCCCUCUCCCCCUCUCAUUCUCUCUCUCCCUGCACAGUAAUAUGGUCGGCUCUGACGAGCGACGACGCUGGCCAGGUUCAUACCCAACCCCUCUGCGCGUCCAUCGCAAUUUUGUUUAUAUCUAUAUGGUGCUUCCUACUCAGAAACUCCCGUCGCCAUGCAUGCUACAUUAACUAAACACAGGAUGCCCCCCAGAGCGCUAGCGGGCAUCAUAUCACUACAUUCUUCUGGUCUGUACCACACGUGACGCUGGCCUGCACGUGCAGUCGAGAUUUGGAUUUUUGGAGCCUAAUGCAUUUCUACCUUAUUCACAUGUUCAAACGCCAGUGUCAUCCUGUUCUUUCGUGACCUUUUUGGAAGAGGAAGUAGGCUCGCCGCUAUUAGGCCCUGCAGGAUAGACUGGUGUGGUAUCAUUUCGUUGGCUGGGAGGCUGUUGCGCUUCUACGCUGACCACAAUCCCAUCCUGUUUCGACGUCUCGGGGUGUGUAUCGAGGCGAUACUCCUUACUUAGGUCGCUUUUAGAUCUGUCACGUCCGAAGCGGAGGCUUUCGCUAUCGCCUUCUCUGCGCUCAAUAGGCGACCAGCCGCCAGCGAUCGAACCAGCCACGAUACCAGCCAUGGCGGCCCCAGCAAAAGCCGAGUUGGAUCGGGACCGGCCACGUCGACGUCGUGAAUCUGGUGUAGGAGGAGCGAGAGAGUGGCCGUCUUGUUGAUCCUCGACUUCGUUGUUCGGAGUUCUGGGCAGACUGGAGCUUGCUCGGCUACGGCUCGGACUACGGCUGUGCAUGAAUGUUUGCUUGGGAUGAGUGACUGCGAAUCGCAUGCUGUUGAUACGGCCACCCUUGUACUUCUUGAGCCAGGCCAACUCCUCUUUGAUCUCAUACAAUGCCUGAUUGAACUCGAACGGAUUCUGACCACCUUCCUCAUCAGUCACCAUGAGUUUCUGCUCUUGUCGCUUGCGGGCCCAAUUCUUGAUGAACGGUGGAACCAUUUGCGUAGCGACUUCGUCUGGGAACAGGCGGAUAAUCACACCGAUGGGAAGCGAGAGCGCACCCAGGACCAGUGCGAUGCCCCACUGAGUGCCGGUCUGGCGCUCAGCAUUGAACGCAUCCCAACCACCCACGAAAAUGAUCAGGACCUGGCCACCGAUCAUGACCAAGAAGAUGCCCACGAAGAACAAAUUGCGUGUCAGACCCUCGAAGACAUUGAAGCGGUUGUCGAGACGCCGGUUAUUGAGGGCAUUGAAAAUCUGCAUCCAGGUAAAGGUAUUGAAGACCAGAGUCUGGUGCUGUCUGUGCUCGAGCUCUCCAGUGUAGUUCAGAAUGCUAGCGCCGGCAAAGUAUAGAAUGAGCGUGACGGUGAGCUGGUAAAUCGCUUGACCAAUAAUCAUCUUCCACAUUGUGACUGAGAACAGCGGCGCCGACUUGGGAUCUGGCUUGCGGUUGAGGAUUUGUCGACUGGGCGGAUCCGUGGCCAGAGCAAGCGCAGCCAUGGUGUCCAUAAUCAGGUUGAUCCAUAGCAGUUGCACUGCGGUCAGAACAGAUUCCUCGUCCUCAUUGGACACUGCGCUGAUGAACGCCAGCAGGACAGCGGUGAUGUUCACAGUGAUUUGAAACUGCAAGAACUUCCUCACGGCGUCAUUGACAGCACGACCCCACAUGAGGGCUUUGACAAUCGACGCAAAAUUGUCGUCCAUCAGAAUGAUGUCGGACGCCUCCUUUGCCACUUCGGUACCAGCAAUGUUCAUGGCAAAACCGACAUCUGCAGCUUUGAGAGCGGGUGCAUCAUUGGUACCAUCACCUGUGACGGCGACGGUUUCGCCCAUCUCCUUCAGACGCUUGACCAGCGUCUUUUUGUCAUCCGGCGAGGAACGUGCGAGCACUUGGAGCUUCGGGAUGAUGGAGCGCUGCUCAUGCUUGCUCAUUCUUCGAAAGUCGGGCCCCUCGAGGGCGAGCCCACCAGCGGUGAAGAUACCACACUCUGUGGCGAUGGCUUUCGCAGUCAGAAUGUUGUCACCAGUGACCAUGCGGGGGAAUACUCCGGCCAUGAUACAGUCCCUCACAGCCUCUGGUACGCCAGCUCGCAGAGGAUCCUGAAUGCCGACGAUACCAAGAAAUGUCAUGUGCUUGCAAAUGUCUUCGAUCACGGCCUGAGUCUUUUCGUCUUCGGAGCGCCGCACGUUACGAGGCGGCCAUGACUCCACAUCGAAAUCCCGAUAGAUGAAACCGAUGGUGCGAAGCGAGCGAGAGGCGUAUGUGUCGAUGAGCGCCUCGAGAGUCUGUUUGUUAUCCGCGGUCAUGUUGGUGGGCUCAAUGCUCUGCGUUGGGUCGCGGAUAAUGGUCUGACAGUGCCGAAGCAUUAUCUCGCUGGCGCCUUUGACAAUCAAUCGGAAGCCCUUGCUGUCCUUGCGCUUGAUGACCAUGGCCAUGAACUUGCGGCCCGAAUCAAAAGGGAUCACCUGCACAAUGUCGGCAUUGCUGCGCUCCGUCGCGAUGCGAUCCAUGCCAAGGAAGUCUCGUGCAAAGUCCAAGAGAGCCGUUUCGGUCUUGGAUCCCACAAACACCUGUUUGCCGUCCUCUGUCGCCUCGAAGGCUGUGGAGUUGAUGGCAAUGCUAUCUUUCCACAAUUGCUUCAUGGGCUCCGAAAGAGUCUUGAUGAACUCGGCUGUCGUCACAUUACCGAGCUCGUCGCGUACGUCUUCUGCCUUGGAGUCAUCGGCACCAGCACCAGCACGACUACUGAAUCUACUAGAAGUCCCCACCGUGCCAGCAACAACAGUCAUGACGUUCUGAGUGAGAGUGCCCGUUUUGUCGGAACAGACGGUAGUGGCAUUGCCCAUGGUCUCGCACGAACGCAGUACACGCACCAAAUUAUUGUCUUUCAGCAUGCGUUUGGUGGCAUAUGCCAAGGAUAGCGUGACAGCGAGGGGCAGGCCUUCCGGCACCGCCACAACGACGAUCGUGACGGCGGUAAUGAGGAUGGUCAUGAAUUGCUGACCCUUGGCUGCAGGUGUUCGAUCGUUGUUGGGCAACUGAGCAAGGAAUUUGAUGAGCAGUAUGACGAAGAGCAGCAGUGCGGCAGCACUGCCCAGCUUUGCGAUGUACUCGGCAAGCUUGUUCAGCUUCGCCUGGAGCGGCGUUGCAUCGUUGCUCUCAUGAAGGGAGAGCAUCGUCUUUCCGUACGUCGAGUUGGUGCCCACUGCAGUGACCAGCAUACGCCCCACGCCCUCUGUGACCUUGCCGCCGGAUAUCAUGAAGGGAUCUAGCUUCUUGAGGGGCUCAUGGGCUUCCAUUGCUCGAUAGACGUCGUCCGCCGGGGUUUUCUUCAUCACGUCCGACUCUCCCGUGGCGGAGGACUCGUCGCACUUGACGCUGUGGCCAGAGAUGAAGAUGCCAUCCACGGGCAAGAUGUCUCCGGGCUCCACUAACAGGACAUCUCCCACCAAUACCGCCUGAACAUCGAUUUCUUGCGUUGUACCAGAUCGGACGACCUUGACGUUACGAGCUUCCUUCUUCUUGUUCAACUUGGCAAACUGGCGUUCUUUUUGCCAAUCGUUGAUCGCGCCGACCAAGACGACGACGGUAAUGGCCACGAUGAUUGCGACACCCUCAAUCCACUCGACGCCGCCGUACGCAAUGGCCUGAUAUAUACCCAGUGAUAGUGCAAUGACGGCCGCGACACUCAGAACAAUCAACACUUUGUCAUUGUAUGCCAUCCACAUCAGCUCGAAUAUGUUCUUAAUUCUCUUCUCGGGCAAUUUAUUCUCGUUGAAAAUGCGUUUGCGGUCACCAAAGGCCCCCGAGGGCACUUCCACAUCACCUCUGGCCAUUUCCGGUUCUUCCUCGACGGCGGUCUUGUCCGACGCAGGGCUAGCCACGUGCACCGCGUCCUCAAACGCCACGGCACCUUGGAGGCUGUUCUCCUCGACACUGAGACCGCUGUUGCGACUGGUUCGCAAUCCCUUCUCGAGACCAGCUAGUCCUCCCAGGGCGUGAAAAGCACCGAGGCUCUUCGGAUUCAACAGCUUCGACAUGUGUCCCGGUGCAAAGGCAAAGGGGUUCCUUUCGCGAGAGAAGUCGUCUUCAGUGCCAGGAUCCGGAAUCAGGGCUUCUUCGUCAGACAAUACGGCACGUUCUUCAUCAUGGUUGGGUUUCGCGCCGAAGGCUUUCGGAGCCUCGGACGGCGACUGUGUGUUGACAUAGGUGAAUUCGGAGGUCGAAGAUGUCUCUGCCGUGUCGACACUACCUCCCCGGCUACGGCCAGAUGGCACAGACAGGAAACCUCCGGGCGGUCCCCACUGCUGCGGAGACGACACAUUGUGCGGGCUCGUGGGCCUCGAGUCCCUACUCUCGAAGCUCUGUUUGCCGUGAAGAUCUGGUGUGGCAGCUUGACUUCGUGCCAGCGGACGCAAGUUUGAAGCAGCAUUGCCGUUACCAUUGCCACUGUCAUUCUCCGCAGCCGCGUCCAUCAUGCCCUCGUUGUUGCCCGGUCGAGCCGUAUCAUCGUUCGAUCGACGGACGGCAGACGUGUCAAUAGUGAUUGUGGGCGCCCUAGGUCUUCCUUUCGAGGUGUCUGCAGACGUACCCGGGGGCACAUGAUCGGAAGGGCCCUCAGCCAUGGUGGAGUAGCGGAGGGAGAGAAGUGGUAGCAGAGGCGGCCAGUGGGUGAGGUGUGGCGCGCGGAAGGAUGGCGUCUAAGAUGCACGUCCGCUAAACAUGUGCAGUAGCUUGGAGACGCACCGGCGUGGAGGUGGCACCAAUGUGCGCGGUGGGGGGGCAACUGGAGAUGCUGCGGGCAGGCAGGCAGGCAGGCAGGCAGGCAGGCAGGCAGGCAGGCGGGAGGGAGAGAGGAUGUUAGGUCGGGUGAGGUAGGCAGGUAGGUAAGGUAGCUUGAUAUCGGUGCAGGUGCAGGCUGAGGUUGGUGGUGGCGGUGGUGGCGGUGGAGGAGGAGGAGGAGGAGGAAGAGGAAGAGGCGGCGAUGGUGGUAGUGGUGGUGGUGGUGGAGGUGGACGGGAGGUCGUCGCGUGCCUGCUGGGUUGAGUGCGUGGCGCGGUCUUGCACAGUCGGUCGCAACGGGGAGGGAGAGGGACACGAGAAGGCAGAGGCGAACUACAUGUACCCUAUGCGACGGCAGCAGGAGUAGGAGCAGCAGCAAGAGGAGAGGAGGAAGGCGUGAAGCGGAGAGCAAUGGCGAUGCUGUUGUCCGGGUUGUCCAUGCGGCCGGGCAGCUACGAUAGCGUGGUGUAGAGUGGGU